AUUAUGUCGAUCCGACCAGAUCGUUCCGUCGCAGACUCGCAGGCCGCCUCUCCUCUGCCUCCUCUCCCCUCCACCUCCUCUCCGGUGUAAGGCUCCGACGAGAUGGCCGCCCCGCUCCGGCGGAGCCUCCCCUCCCUCGGCCGCGCGCUCCUCUCGCCGGCGCCGGUGCGGAUGCUCUCCGCGGAUGCCUCCGACGCCCUGGUUGAGAUCAAGCCGGGGGAGAUCGGGAUGGUAUCCGGCAUCCCCGAGGAGCACCUCCGCCGUAAGGUUGUAAUUUAUUCACCUGCUAGGACUGCAUCCCAGCAAGGUUCAGGCAAAGUCGGGAGGUGGAAAAUUAACUUUUUGUCAACCCAAAAGUGGGAGAACCCGUUGAUGGGGUGGACAUCUACUGGGGAUCCAUAUGCUAAUGUUGGUGAAGCAGGACUUACGUUCGACAGUGCGGAGUCAGCAAAGGCAUUUGCUGAAAAACAUGGAUGGAAUUAUGUGGUUCGGAAACGUCAUACACCUCUUUUGAAGCCCAAGGCUUACGCAGAGAACUUUAAGUGGAGAGGUCCCCCGAAGCCGGAGCAAGCUUGAGCUCUAGACCUCUAGUCUGUGAGCCAGACAUUCAGACGAUGUUGUUUUCCUCCUGGACUGCUUUUGCUUUCAUCAGUAUCCGUUGUGAAGUAAGAGCUAGAACAUGCCUCGAUUAAACCUGUAAUAAGCAUGAGCUGCAAUCAAACAAAAUACAUAUCAUUCCAAAAUGUUUGUUCAAGAAUGUCUUUGUAUUUCAA